AUGGAAGGCAUCCUGAGAAAGCUGCAGAAGGAAGCGACUGGCAAUAAAUACAAGGCGAUCAAGGAUCACUGUGCCAUGGCAAUAGAAGUCCUAGAAACCCCAGAAGGUGUAACAAAGAUCCUGCCAUAUCAACUGAGGGAAAAGUGCCUUUUUCCCCUUCAACUUGCUUUGGAGUCCAAAAAUACCAAGCUGGCCCAACAUGCACUGGCUGGAAUGCAGAAGCUUCUGGCUGACGACAGAUUUGUAUCCGUGGAAACAGACUCAGAUGAGCGGCAACUACUUAACCAAAUGCUCAACGCUGUUAAAGUGACUCCAUCCCUACAUGAAGAUCUACAGGUUGAAGUUAUGAAGGUUCUCCUGUGCAUAACCUAUACAUCAACCUUUGAUCUGAAUGGGAGUUCAGUCCUGAAGAUUGCAGAGCUUUGUAUUGAAACCUAUGUUUCAAGCUGUCAUCAGCGAAGUAUUAACACAGCUGUGAGAGCCACACUCAGUCAAAUGUUAAGUGACCUGACAUUACAGUUACGGCAGAAGCAAGACAGCCCGAAUACUGAAAUCCAGGAAGCAUUACUGGAAUUCAGGAGCCAAGAAUCUGGUCCAUCCGUGGAGUCGCUGUGUGAUGAUGUUGUAUCUGUGCUCACUGUCCUCUGUGACAAACUGCAGGCUGUUGUUAAUGAAAAUCACCCAUUGCAGCUUCUGUACCUGGAAUGUAUACUAUCAAUGCUCAGCAGUUCAUCUCCUGCUUUGAAUGUUCACAAAGGUUUUAUGGACCUUAUAUGGAAGCAGCUAUGCCCUGCUCUUGUGGUGAUCCUUGGAAACCCAGUCCAUGACAAAACUAUAACUUCUGCACAUAAUAACAUCUGUGUGGACUCUGACUGCCACUCAACAGGUGUAGCAGAUCAGGGUCGUGGAUCAGCAUGUUCUUCUACAGCUCCGGCUCUCAGUGGCCCAGUUGCCAGGACUAUUUAUUACAUUGCGGCAGAGCUAGUUCGACUUAUGGGCUCAGUUGAGUCUAUGAGGCCAGUCUUGCAGUCGCUGUACCAU